UACAUCAAAAUUGAAAAUACCUCCGCGCGUACCGUAUAUUAUUUGCGGUUAACAAAUGGAUAAUUGUAAUGAGCUUUGUGUGCAAUAAAUUCAAAAAUUUUUACAAUCCCGAUAGUAAAUACAAAGUCAAGGAUUAUGUAGAUCAUUGUUUAUGUAUCUGUUCAUUACAAAAAGAUGUUCUAUAACCUUUAAUAGUAAUUUUAUUGGUUAUCAUUGUUUGUUCGUUAGAAUAUCAUUUCAAAAUGCAAAAGUUACAAGACAGUGUUUUUUCAAUUAUUAAGACGACCAAUCUGUCUCCUGCUGUGUUUAGUUUUUUGCAGCCAACGGAAGAUUUUACGGAUAUCACCCCUUUUGGUGGGAUUUUAAGAGAUACGAAACUUGGCUGGCUUGCACUUGGACCUAAGUUUUGCGUUGUUGAUCUUAGAAGCGGAUUAAAAGUCGCAGCGCGAACUUUCGGCGCUGGAGUGAGUAACAGCCGUAUCUCAGUGUCAAAUGUAAUAGAGCUCCCAACACCAUUGACAGAGAACUCUCAUCAACUAGUUAUCAGUUUGGACUAUGAUAAUGGAAUGGGCAUGAUAUGUGUUCUGCAUGUGAAUGGAUCACAGUUACUCCAUUCCAUACACACUGAUGUGGUGGUCACAAAACUUGCAAUUUGUGAUGCAACACCUGAUGGACCAUUUGCAGCAUUUGAUAAUAUUGUGGCAGCAGGAACCAAGAGAGGAGAGAUCUUAAUAUUUGACUUAAACAGAGCUUCUUUGAUUAAAGCAUUAAAAGACAUUUCCCAAGGAUAUGAGCAUUUAGUACUGAACGAAGAGAAUGCAGCAAACAUUAAGUUUUUACCAUUAAAAGAUUUACAUAAACUUGAGGAACAAAGGGACUUGGCAUUAGAAAACAAAGAUCAUUUGGGGUUUAUAUUAAAUGAAGAUUCAACAUUUGAUGGACAAUAUAUCUUCCAUAACCCAGAUGGUAGUGUACGAAUGAAGGCUAAAAGAGACCAUAUAAGAGUUACAAGUCUGCAGUAUAUCCCGGAAAUAGCAAGUUUAGCGGUUGGCUUCAACUUUGGAGCCUUUCAGUUAUGGAAUCUUUUAACUUUGGAUUUAGAAUUCACAUCUCAAGUUAAUGUUGAAUGUUUGCCUGUUACUCAUUUUGGAUUUCAGGAGCCAUGUGAUGAUCCGAAAGCAUUCUGUUACCUCUGGGUUGUUUUCUCAGUGAUAGAUAGAUUUGAAGAGGAGGAGUUUCCACUGGCUGUGUUGUAUUCAUUGUCAUAUCAAGGAAAAAGGAUAUUGUCAGAAUCAAAAUACUUGUAUCAAGAUUUCUCAUCAGCCACAAUAAGAUUCCAAAUAGAACUGAAUGGUUCCGAGCAGUCCAACAGUCUGAUAGGUGGGCGAUGUAUAUCAUGCCAUACUUAUUCCAUCAGCUCACCUCUUGGAGAAGAAGGUGAAGACAGUAUGCUCAACAUCAGCCAGCUGGUGUGGGAGUGCUGGGGGGAGGUGGGCGAGGGGGGUGAAGUGGAGCAUUCUGCACACUACGGCAUGAUGCUGUUUGACUUGGACCAGUGGUACAAGGAUCAAAUGCCUGCUACCUACCCUUUGGAGAGCAGCGCGUUCAUGAGCGUGUUGCGUCCGGCGGGCGGGGCGGGGGCGGGGGCGGGGGCGGCGGCGCUGGACGCCCGCCUCGUGCCCGCCUCGCUCGCGCCCUACUCGCACGCCACCCGCCUAGAGGAACACUUCUACCCUAAUUCAUUGCAGUACAACUGCAUAUGCCUGAACACAUCGGAGGCAACAGUACUUGGAACGGUGGGGGUUCAGCGUCAGAUCAUCAACUCGAUAGACGAGGCAGGUCCUACAGCACUGCUGUCCCCGGGCCGGCUGCACCUGGCCUGUGUCACUGCGGGCCUCACUCCACUCUAUGUACCUUACAACCAUGGCUACAGGAACAUUACACAGGAAGAUCAGCGCAGAUUCCUUCUAUCGGUGGCGCUGGAGGCUCGGCUGACUCGCUUCCUGAAGCGCUGCGCACACGACUGGGCUACUGGCACGCACACUGGCUUGGGAUGCACUCUCAGUUUUCUGGUUGAAUGGUGUUGGAAGAGAGCUUUAGAACUAAAGGAAAAUGCCAAAGAGUUGGUAGCUCCGUUAUUUACCUCAACUAUAUUGCCUGAUAGGAACAUAAUGAGAUGUCUAGAACACUGCGUGCAGCAAUUGACGCAAUUGACGGGACUUUUGGACGCCAUUUUAACUAAAUGCUGCAAUUUGGUUGUACCGGAUGCGUUAAGUGAGAUGGAGGAGAAGUACAAGUGCAUCGGCAUCGUGUCGCUGUACCUGCAGGUGGUGCAGUGGUUCCUGCGCGUGGGGCUGCUGCCGGAGCGCGCGGGCGCCUUCGCCGCGCUGCCCUACCCCGCGCACCAGCUCUACCAUAUAUACAACAAGAGACGUGUGAAGCUGCAGCGCGUGCAGGAGGGCGGAGCGCCGGGCGGGGCGGCGGGCGCGGCGCAGGGCUCUUGCGGCCUGCUCUACAUCGACCAACUCAUCGAACACGAGUUCGGCGGUCAAACAACCCACGAGAUGUGGUUGAAGGGCGGCAGUGAGUGCGGGGGAUUGUACCCUCCGCCCUCGCUCUACUCUCUGCUGCGGCUUUACUUGCUGCCUGACAUCGCCGAGGAACACAAACACUCUCUAGUACUCUACCUUCUACUGGACUACUGCACCGUCUACGAUGAGAUAAGAUACGAAGCGGUAAUCAGACGGCUGAUGCAAUUCCCCACAAUGUUUGGUCUGAGCAAUACAGCUAUUAAAGCCACGCAGGCGUUUUGGCAUCUCGACCAUAGAGAUUUUGAUUUCGCAUUAGACCAAUUACAAUGUCUCACUGGCAACACUCUCUCCGACUGGCAACACCGAGUCGUGCUGUCCUCCUUACUCGCACAGAAAAAGACACAAGCGGCACUACAAUACUUGCACGUGCGCAAGCCAGCGCCAAUACAGAGUCCUGUAAAAAAAGAUACCAUAUCCAAAGUUAAUGACAACGUUAAAUUAGAAGACUGGCAAUGUUGUUGCAAUUUGUAUCUAGCACGAGGUCUGGUGUUUGAAGCUAUCGAUGUUGUCAGAAUGUGUGUGAGAAACGCAAGCACUUCGGAUGAAAAAGUUCGCGUAUUAAAUUUCUUCUACAAAGGGUGCCGCAACACAGGCCAGCUCUCCAAAGUUCUUCAAGUGACGUUAUUGCCCGGGGAGGAGGAAGUUUUCAUAAAGUAUCUCAAGGACUGCAACGACACGCAAACUUCUGACAUACUUAUUAUGUACUAUUUACAGCAAGCUAGGUAUUUAGAAGCAGAGGAAUAUAACAAUAAAUUGAAGGAGCAUCGCAGCCGCAAAGAGUUGUCUAUAUCAGCGGAGUCGCUCGCGGAGUUGGUGGAGCGCUGCCACACGCGCGACACGCUGCUCAGCGCCGCCUGCGCCGCGCUGCCACACAUCGCGUGCCGCGUCGCCACCGCCGCCACUGCCAAUGCCACCAAUGCCACUGCCACCGCCACUAAUGCCACACGGCUACAGGACACACACGGUAUUGUUCCAAAACCAAUGUCAGUGUACGUGCAAGUGACAUCGCCUAAGAACACUUUCACAUACAAAUCAACGUUUAUUCAGGAUACAAUUGAAAAUGCAAGCGAAACUUGGUCCAAUAAGACUAAAACUAGGAAAGGCGUUAAACGUGCUUUGGAGAUUGAAGAAACACCGUUUAUUUGUACACCAAAAUUAAAUCGAACUAAAAGUCUAUUCAUGAGCGGCGACAAUACAGGCGAGAUAACUCCAGCCAAGCGCACCAAGUUAGAGGCGACCAGUCCAAAGACCCCUAAGACGGGUACAUACAAGGCGAGCGCGGAGCUCAGCCAGCAGAUGGCCACGCUGUUAGACAUGCCCGAGGCACAGAGCCCUUAUAGAUACCACGAGAGGAGCGAAACGGGAACCCCACAUAGUAUACUGAAGUCUCAAAGGCUAGAAGGUAUGGAGAGAGAAGCCGCCGCGUCUCCCGUUGACUCGCGCUACUUGUGCGACAGUGGAGACGAUCUCAUAGAAACUGCCAGCAAUAAGACUAACUACAGCGACUCUAAACAUCUGAGGUUCCGAAUGCCUUCGGAUUCGGAGUCGAGUUCGUCCCCGCCCGUGGCAGUCGCAGUGCGUCCGCAAACAGACAGACACUCCGACAAUGGAGAUGAUACUGAGAGUGAAAUUUCAAUGGAAUCGCCGCCGAAGAAGUUAGCAACCGAAGGUAAACCUCAAGCAAGGAAAUCUUAUAAAGACAACGUACGAGCAAGGCGAUCCCUCUCCAUAUCAGUGAAUAGUAGUUUAUCAGACGAUCCGAAUGCAUCUAUAGAGAGUAUCGCUGAUAUACCUAUAACAUUAAUCAAUCCUCGAUACUCGCACAAGGGUAGACAGAAAUCGCAAUCACCCAAACCAGAUAAAUGUAUGGAUGUUGAUGACUUUGUAUGUGAGCUGAGACCGAUGAAUGAAACUCCCAGAGGCAGAAGAAGUCUUAGAGAAAUCAGUGGACAAAGUACACCAUUGAUUAUUAGGAGCAGAUCUAUAACACCUGAGAGACAAGACUCGCCAGUAUCAAAAACUCUUCAAAUAACCAGAGCUACAAGGAGUCGUUCCCGGACUCCAGAGAUGAGUCCCGGGUCUCUGGAGUGCAUCCCGGAGCAGCCGCGCCGCGAGAGCGCCAGCGCGCCGCACCCCGCUAAAACUACCCUUAGCAUGCCUAGACCACUCAGAAGCAGAUCUCGUACACCGGAAUUAGUAGAAAAAACUAUAAAAGAGACAACAAAACUGUCAGCCAUCACUGAAGCACCCGUCAAAUGCUACGAGUCGCACACACGCAGCUCUAGGAGUAGGUCGUACACGCCGGAAGGCAACAAGCGCAGCGUGGCGGAGCCCACAUUGGAGCCCAUCACAGAGGCGCCGGCGCGGCCCGCCACCACCCCCACCCCCACCCCGUCCCCUACCACACCAACCACGACACGAGCUCUCAGAAGUCGUUCCCGUACACCCGACGUAGAGAAAAUCCCCGAACAACCAAUAAGCAGUCCACGAAGCUUAAGAAGUCGCUCUCGUACACCUGAAGUGGAGAAAGUUCCUGAAGAACCAGUCAGCAGCCCACGAAGUUUGAGAAGUCGGUCCCAAACACCAGAUUUAGAAAAAUUACCCGAGCAACCGAUUCUGUCAAGCCCACGGAGUUUAAGGAGCCGUUCGAAGACACCAGAGAAAUUAUUGUCACCUAAAAAGGAUACUGGUAGUAAAGGAAGAAAACCACUAUCACGACUUGUAUUGGAAGCGAACGCUUUCGCUAAAACAAAGCAAAUAAGCGAAAUAUCCGAAGUCCAAACUAAAGAAACAAAUACUGAACAAACUGAAUCUGUUAUCGAAUGUACACCACAAAAAGCUAGCAACACUAAAAGUCUUAUAGACGUUACCUUUUCACCGAUAGUAAAUAAAUCAAUAUUACAAAGUUCCACAGAAAGCUUUUCGGUAACUGAAAAAGUAAUUGAAAUCAAUGAAUCUACUUCAAGUAGUGAUUUGAAACCUUUGCCCGCUUUUACCACUCUACAUGAGGUUUAUUUCGAAAAAUCUGUCUUGCAAACUGACGAAAGCAGUAUUAUGCAAUCUUCUUUACAAGAAAUACAGAAAUCGACCGAAGCUAGUGUUCCCGAUAUUGAAAUGAACGUUUUACCUCAAUUCACGCCUAUCGAUGAAAGCGAUUUUAACAAAUCCGUGUUAAAAAGUAGCGACAGCAGUGUCGCUGGAAAUCGUAACAAACAAGAUGAUGUACCAAAAGCCAUUGAAGCGUUUACAACCUUCAAUGAGACAGAAUUUGAUAAUUCAGUACUCAAAAGUCAUCUUUCAAGCAUAGCUCAUGAAAGCAAUGAAAAUGAGGAAGGGAAAUAUACUAAUAUUUCUAGUCUAAUGACAAGUGAUAGCGACAUUGAAAUGGUAGAUGAUCAGAAAUGGAAAUACAAAAUCGAUAAUCAGAAUAAAGAUAGUGUUAUUCAGAAGGAGAAAGAAAAAAUAGUUGAAAUUGAGAGGGAAAUUAAUGAGAUUGAAGAAGAUAUAGCAGUAGGAGAAAACAGUAGUGACGAGGAAAAUGCAGAAGACAGUAGUGGUGGAGAAAAUGUUGAACAAGGAGAUAGUAGUGAUGAAGAAAUCGUUGAAGAAGAAAAUAAAGAAGAGUCUACCGAAAGCGAGGAAGCUGACGAUGAGGUAUCAGUAUCUGAUAGUAGUGACGAAGUUAUUUGCAUCGAUGAUGAUUCCGACUCAAAUGCCGCUGACGGGAUUCCACAAAAUAAACAGACGUCAGAAGAAUUACCUCUAACAGAUCAAACUGAAACACAAACUGAAAAUAUAGAUGUAGUUGAAAAUAUAACUAACACAGGCGAAGUCGAUGCUGAAAUUGAGAAAGCUAUUGAAAAUGUAAUAACCGAAGCACCAAUAAUGGAAGUUUUUGAAGGAAAAACACAAGAGAGUCAUACUGAAAGAAUGAUUGAAGUUGAAAUAGAUCAAGAUGUUGAAAUGAAAGUAUCAGAAAGUGCACAAGAGCAAUCAAUCGAUGUAUUGAAUCAAGCUAAUAUUUCGUUAUUAACAGAUGAUAAUUCUGACAUUAACCUCACAUAUUCAGAUGAUAGUAAUCACAAAGUACUUGUUCCAGAUCAACUUCGAGAAAUAGCGCCUGUCGAAAUAGAAAAUAAUGAAAUUAUACCUUCUAAUAUCCACGACAUAGUGGAUGCUUGUCAACCAGUUAACAUUGAACCCACUCCUAUUGAAGAGGUUACAAUACAAGAAUGUAAAGAAAUCGAAAUGACUGCGACGGCACCUAUUCAAGAACCGAAAGAUAUCUUCGCUGAAAACAAUGUUAAAGAAACUGCACCUGUUUUUGAAGAAACUAGAGAUAUUUUUGUUCAAAAUACUGUCAGAGACUCUCCUGAUGUAUUGGAAACUGAAAGUUUUAAUAAAAAUAUAGUAGAAACUACUCCUAUGGAAGUUAUUACUGCCACAGAAGAUGUAGCUGAAACUGUUAAGACUGAUGUUACAGAAAUGUCUGAAACAAAGAACAGUGAAAUUAAGGAAAUGCCAGAAACGAAGGUCAGUGAAAUUGAAGAAAUGCCUGAAACAGAGGUCAACGAAAUUGUAGGAAUGCCUGAAACGAAGGUCAGUGAAAUUGAAGAAAUGCCUGAAACAGAGGUCAACGAAAUUGUAGGAAUGCCUGAAACAAAGGUCAGUGAAAUGGAAGAAAUGCCUGAAACGAAGGUUAGCGAAAUUGAAGAAAUGCCUGAAACGAAGGUCAGUGAAAUUGAAGAAAUGCCUGAAGCAAAGGUUAGUGAAAUAAAGGAAAUGCCUGAAACGAUGCUCGAUAACAUUGAGGAAAUACCUGAAACAAAGGUCAGUGUAACUGUAGAGAUGCCUGAAAUAAAAGAAAGAAGUGAAACAAACGGUGGUGAUAGAAAGGAUAUACUUAGUUCAGAAGUGCCAUCUGCAAUGGAUACGGUACCUUCGGCAGAAAAUAUAGAAGUAACAAGCAUGAAAGAUGAAAUUACCACAAAAGAUUCGUCCGAGUCUAUGGAAACAGAUCAAAAUGAGGAAGUUAAAGAGACAAAAGCACCGGCCAUAAGAAAGCGUACUCAAUCAACCACAUCGAAUAAAUCCAAUCAAGAAAUUGAUAAAGAAACAUCCGAAAAUACAACAUUAGAAGUAACGACUCCAUCGAAAAGAGUUUCCAAAUCGCCAAUGCCUAAAUCUAGGGUUAUGCCAAAAAGACGCACAUCCAAAGAUGUGGAUGAAAUGGAUGAAAGUGUCACCCCUGAUGAGACUCUAACACCAAGAAGAAGAUCAACUCGUUCUAGAAGUAAGAACAUAGACGAUAACUCUAGUGUCGCGUCGGAAUCUUCAGUGAAAUCGAGUAAGAGCAAGAUAGAAGAUACCGAUAAAAAGCCAGUAGCGAGAAAAGGACGGAAGUCGAUAUUGAACACGAAGACUGAAUUGUGUGUUAUACCUGAAGUGGAAGAUAAUAGUCAGAAAAUAGAAGAGAGUAGUGAAGAUAUUCUUAAUGAAAUAUUAGCAACUGAAAGACUAACACGACAUCAAAAAGCCAUGUUAGAAUCGAAACUGCGUCCGAGCACGCCGCGCAGCCGCCGCGCCAGCGUCGCCAGCGUCGCCUCCAAAUCUGAAACUUCUGUAGACGAGGACGUUGCCGACACUCACAUGGACCGCGUACAAUUACUAGACAAGGAAACUUUCGAUGGGCGAGCCGACGACGAGGAAUUCCCGCGAGCGAGCCCCGCACUCUCGGAUACUAGGCCACGACCGCGCACGGCACGGUCCGCAUCGGAGACGGAAGCUCAAGCCAAGGCUAAGAAAGUCUCUCGCAGAACUUCUGUGGACAUCACGCUGGACGCGAGCCCUGUGCGCGGCCGCCGCGCCUCCUUCAACCGCGCGUGCGAGGCGCUGCACACGCCCAAGGGGCGCCGGCCCUCAGUCGACACUAAGAAGUCGGAGACGGAGGGCGCGUCGCCGGAGAGCGCGGAGGCGACGCCGCGGCGGCGCGCGCGACGCACCUCGCAGCUCUCGGACACGCCCACCUCAGAACUCGGCAAGAGGUCAAGAAGAACAGCUGCUGAUAAAACUAAGGAAUCAACGGAGUAGACUUUAGUCGAUAUUUUAAGGACCCAGUGAUGAUCGAAAUAGCAUUUAUCAGCACUAUUGGAUUUAUGUUUAGUUUAAUUCCGUUACUUUGUUCUUGUAUAAAAAUAAAAAAGUGUGAUUUGGUUA